UCGAAUCCAAGGAGACGAUGGGGAAGAUUUGAGAAUCUUUUUUUCUUGAACUAACCUCAGUUGUGAAACUUUUUGGCUUUUGUAAAAUUUUCGUUUGUUAAAAAAUGCGGUAAAACCAAUUACAGGGGCAAAAUUUUACAAUUUGUGAUUUUAUUAUGAUUCUAAACUAAACUAAUUGGUGAAAACUAAAAAAAUUGGUGAUUUUAUUGUGAUAUUUGUGAUGGCGAACCCAAGGCUAUUGAAAAGCCAAAAAAAUAAACCUGUUCUUAUUCAUGAUGACUUUCUGUAUCAACGCCACUCAGCAAACAAAGUGAACACUGUAAUUUACUGGAGGUGCCAUAACAGGGGUAGCUGUGACGCUCGAUGCUCGACAACAGGAAAUUUGGAAAAUAUUCAAAUAAAAACCAGCGGGAGCCAUAAGCAUACACAUGCGCCUGACGUUGCCAGUGUUGCUGUGAGAACGUUCUUGUCUCAACUAAAAGAAUAUGCAACAAAUGCACCAAACGAAGGAGCAAGUAACAUAGUGAGGGAUCACGUUGCUACAAUAGACAAUGAAGAGGUUUUAGCAAUGAUGCCCGAGAGAAAUGAUCUCCGUCGAACAGUCAAUCGAGUUCAAAAUAAAACCCGGCCUCCAUUGCCAAAGAGAAUCAAUGACAUCGAAAUCCCGCGGAGGUAUCGACGGACAAAAACUGGUCAGAGAUUUUUAAUGCAUGAUUCUGGUGCAGAUGACCCUAACAGAAUUCUAAUCUUCACAACGGUCGCAAACAUGCAAAAGCUAGCAGCCAGUAUCAUAAUGUUUAGCGACGGAACUUUCAAAAUAGUGCCGCACCAGUUUUUACAACUUAUGACGAUCCACGGUAUCUAUAAGGGUUUCUGCUUCCCCUUCGUGUAUGUACUGACGGUCAACAGGGCUGAAGAAACGUAUUCCAAUGUUUACACAGAGUUGAAGGCGUUUGCAGUGCGUCACAAUCUUAACCUAAAUCCACCACAUUUGAUGUCUGAUUUUGAAAUAGCUAACAUUAAUGCUUGCCGAGAAGCUUAUCCGCAAGCACAAAUACAUGCUUGCCUGUUUCAUUUUGAACAGUCUAUGUUCAAAAACAUUCAAAAGCUGGAAUUAGUGCAAUAUUACAGGGACCUGGAAAAUCCUGAAAUUAGAAACAGUCUCCUUCAAUUCAUGGCACUACCAUUUGUCCCUCUAGAUGAAAUUCUCACCGUUUUCAAUGAGCUAAAGGAUGAUGCCCCUGACGAAGUGGAAGAUUUCGUACAGUACCUUGAAAGAACCUAUGUGAAGGGUAGACCUGCAAGGGGGCGGCGUCCCGCAGUUCCCCCAAGAUUCCCUCCCAAAACGUGGUGUGUUUACGACUUAGUAUUAAACCAACUACACCGGACUAACAACGUCGUCGAGUCGUACCACUCCAAGUAUCAGAAAAUGGUGAAAUCCCAUCAUCUUAAUAUUUGGAAAUUUAUAGAAUAUAUGCAGAAAGAUCAAAGGGAUACAGAACAGCUCUGCCAACAGCUCGACUUGGGUCAUACGCGGAUCAAACAACAAAUUUCAAA